AGGGCAAGGAUCUGGGCAGCUUCCCCACCAUGUGGACCUCAGCACAAUGUCAGCUGGAGACCAUUACGUUAUCUAUAUAUGACGAUAUCACACGAUCAAAGUGGGGUGGUUUCUUGACCUCACAACCUAAGCUUCGGCACUUGGCGAUAUAUCGUGCCAGAAAUUUCGAGAUGCCCCCAAUACCCUCACUCAAAUCUGUGAGGGUUGAACUCGGAUGUGGGCAUAUCCGCUUUCCUGACAACAUGUCGUCCACUCUGCGUGCAUUGGAAUAUCUUUUUGUCGGAGGUGUUGACACAUUAUCCCUGUCGGACAUGCCAUCUUUGAAGCAGCUCCAUUGUUCCGAUGUGCAGAGAUUGGUUAUGGAUUCGAAAUUUCCAAACCUUACGGACGUCAACUUGCAUUCCAUAAACAAUUUCAAUUUCAUUCCUCCUGCGAUUCCACUCCCUUCCUUAUCAAAACUCCGUAUGGUGGAUGUGCCGCUGCACCUUGCACGAGGAUGUACAACGCUCGCCUCUGUGGAAUUCCUGGACGACACUUUAGAUUGGCCGCGUCAACCUCACGAUCUGGAAUCGCUCAAGGAUUCUGCAUUGUCACUUCGCAGCUUGACCAUUAGAGAGGACCAUGGAUCGGAUAGCGAAAUCCCACCAUCCUAUCAAGUAAUCAAGACAUUCACCUUCCUCGCCGAUUUGACGAUCCAAUUCGGCUCUAUUCUAGUUCGGCUCUGCUGGUCCCCUUUCGACCAAAAAUGCCCUACCAGCUCUUUAUUUGGCGUUGUGAAAUCGUUAAAAUACCUUCAAACGCUCUCCUGGGAAGUCAGCGUGUUACUAGUGGACCCGGCCGAGCGUGACCCGACCGAGGAUUACUUCGAUGAGGGGAUUGUGGGUUGGCUCGAUGACAUGUCGGAUGGCUGCGCGCGUGCCAGUCCCUCGCUUCUCCAUGCCGAAUUCCGUUGUGACGGCUUCGUGUAUAUCCAUGACAUGCUGAGUGAAGAGGCAGCAAAGCUAGGCUGGCGGAUGAGACAUACUAGGACCUCUAUCGCAGAUCCCUUUGAAAAGUGGACUGUGAAAGAGGAUAUUUUACGGCGGUACUGAUUCAUGUCUUUUUUUUUUCAAGCUCUUUUGUUCAUGUUGUAUCAUCUCUUUCCGUGCUCUCCUCUGUCGAUUCACCUAGCUAGGCGUUUAACUUUGAUCGAUUUGCAUCUUUUCCAUGGACCGAACUUGCAACACACAACUGCCAUGAUUGUCACCAUGUAUGGAUCACUUGAACCUAACGUGCGUCUAUUACGCGUUGUGUUGCAUCCUGGCCAAGUACGCAUGCAUUAUAGUUGAACGACCUCUAUGUAGACCAAUGGUUGCGGUGCGGGGGGGGGGCAGUCGGAACGGUUGUCCCGGUC